UGCGUGCCCUUGAGAGCCAUGCUGCGAAUGUUUAUACUAUGGAGAUUUUCAAGGAAGUCAGAGAUGAAAUAGUGAAGGCUGGAUCAUUGAUUGUUAAGGAAAAGUUAAUUCGCAACGGAUUUAAGACUUAUCGAUUUACAAAAUAUUGUUGUGAUAACUAUGACGUAGAGGUUGUGUAUGAUGGUGAAACACUUCAAUGUGAGUGUAGGUUAUGGGAUUCUCAUGGGAUUCCAUGUUCUCAUAUGUUUGGUGUCAUGAAGGAAGAACAUGUUAGUCUCAUUCCCACCGGUUUGAUUUUGUCGAGAUGGACGAAGGAUGCAAAAAUUCAGUACUUGAACGUGAAUUGUAAUGGUUCUGAUGAUUCUAAAAUGAUUGAGCUAGCUCGGUUUGGUGCAUAUUGUUCUGCAUUUACUGCCUUUUGCAAUGAAGCUUCAAAAAGGGAAGGUGUUUAUGGGGAAAUAAUGGGUGACAUUCUGAAGUUACACAAAAAGUAUUGCAGUACGGACGAUCCUAUUUUGGCAUCGAACUCAGUUGUAGGUGAUCCAAAUAUUGUGAAUAGCAAAGGUGCUCCAAAGAAAAGAAAGAAUGACAUAAAAUCUAUUAGGCGAUGUUCUAAAUGCAACAGUAGAACUCAUAAUGCAAGGAGUUGUUCGGUUGCGGAAAACGCGCCAUCUGAACAAAAUGUUGGUAUGACGUCGCGGCCAGUAACUGAUUCAUUCAGCCAGGUUGUGAAGAACAAGAAUGGAAAAAGAGGUCGCAUUGGUGGAAGUAGUGUGCAAAAUAAAUGUACAGAACCACCGAACUCUCGUGGCGCGAAUGUGACAGCGACUUCUCGUGCGGAAGUUGGAAGCACAAGCAUACCCAUGCCUGCAAUGUAUGGAUUGCAACCCGUGUUGCCAGCGGUACAACCGAUGUUGCAUCCAAUGCAUGUACAACCGUUAAUCCCACUAUAUCCAACGACAGUUGCGGAAAAUUCGGGUUCGUGUUUCGGUAGGCCACAACGACUGAUGAACAAUGGUGGUACUUGAACGAGCAAAUAAGUAGCUGUAAUUUGACCAGGCAUGACUUUGGAGGUGAUUUUUAGUGGUAUGACAAGGUUUAGGUUAGAAUACAUGCAUCUAUAUAGGUUUUUUGUGUCAUAGCAUAUAGUUUGUAAGUUCAGUGGAGUCAAAUCAACACUGAUACAGUUUAUAUGUUCUACUGUCAGUCACCUAAUUCUAUGAGUGCAGUAGUGGUUAUAUUACCAUCAUGCAUUAAUAUUUUUUUUCACCUAAAGUUAAUGCCAUUGAAUGAGGUUUAGGUUAGGUGUAACUAUACCUAUAUAAUUUUUCCAAUAUAUAUAGUAGUAGUACCACCAAGAGAGGAAAAAAUAACA